GACUUGUGUUAUGUCCAAUUAUUGAUUUAUAUUUUUCUCUCUCUGUCUAUCUCACUCUUUCUCUCUCUUCAGUGGACUUGUUCUCAUUUCAUCAAAACUACUACAGAGGAAGAAGAGGGGGUUUCUAGGGUUUUGCUCAAAACUUUGAAAAGCUGUGAUUUUUAUACUUGGAAAAUGAAUUUGUUGAAUAAUUGGUAUUCUUUGGGAGAAUAAAUCAUUCUUUUGGAUAGGAUGGCAACUGAGAGUCCUAUUAGAAUGCUUGAGGCACGUGGAAAAUGGUCCUCUCACAAGGGGGCUGCAAAUUUUCCUUCAACUAAGAUGGCUGUGGAUGAGGAGGCGUUACUUGUUAAGGGUCACAAGUACCACAGUGGGAGGUGUACUGUUCCUAAUCGGAGUGGUAGUGCACCCCCUAACAUGGAAGGUUCUCUUGCAGCCAUAGAAAGUCUCAUGCAAAACUCAGGUCUUAGUGCUAAUUUUGCAAGUCUAAAUCAUGAAAGUGAAUUCAGAGGGCCAAGAGGGAUGUUGGUUUCUUAUUCAUCUCCCGGUUCAAAUUACUCUUCUAAUGUCAGUUUGAAUCCCCAGUUUUAUCACUCUCCCACCUCAGGUUCUGAUCAACAUUUGGGAUCCGGUCAUAUCAGCAGUAAAGUGGGAUUGACCCCUUUUAGAGGCAGCAGUGAUAACUUCUUGCGUUUUUUUUGUGGCGUCCUCCCAACACACAAAGAAGAGUCUGAGGAAGAUAAGUCACCGCAAAAGUCUUUUGAUGAUGUAAGCGGCAGGGGCUCUGAUGUGUUGUCAGGACAAGAAUCAUCCUUAUCAGUUGGCGAGACUAGAAAUAUUGCAGACCUCGUAAAGGAGGAACUUACAUGUAUGUCGUCACCUGCAAUUGGAUCAGCAGGUGACGGAGCUGAUAACAUAAAUACUGAUAGGCCUUCCUUGCAUGGAGAAUUAACGAGUCCAUCCACUGCAGUAGCAUCUGGCGUCGCUGCAGGUGAUAAAGUGCCGUCAACCUCUGCAUUGCGAUCUUUAUCUUAUGAUUCUAGACAAGGCUCGUCGCCGUCCAUUCAAAAUGAAGAUCCAAAUAGUAUAGCUGCACUUUCAGAAAAAAAGACUUUGGUUAGUUGUGAUACAGAGGUAACUAGUUUGCAAGCUGGGAUUAAAGCUCUGAAAAUAUCCAGCUCCCCCAACUUAGAGAACCAUGGAGGUCGAGGGGAAAAGCAGAACAACUUCCAAAAUAGUUUAUUGCAACACCAGAUGCACCAAGGUGGAAGCUUCCAGUUUCAAGGAUCUAUGCCUCAAAUAGUUUCUCAAGGCAUAAAUAGUCCAUAUGCUGUUGCAAACCAAUUUUUCCACGGUGGAAAGUUUUCCUCAACGGAAGUUCAACCAGUACUUCACUCAUCAGGUUUUACUCCUCCACUUUAUGCUACUGCAGCAGCUACGUAUAUGCAGUCAGCAAGUCCAUACUAUGCUGGUGUUCAACCACCUGGAGUAGUAUAUCCUUCACAGUAUGGUAUGGGUGGAUAUCCUUACAAUGCAAGCGUUCUUCCUCCUUUUCUGGCUGGAUAUCCUUCACAUAACGCUGUCCCUUUAGCCUUCGAUGGUACUUCUGCUGUCUCUGAUAGUCAAGUUUCUGGGUCUUGGGGGAGCAGUUCACAAGGAGUUGAUUUUCAGCAUUUAAACAAGUUUUAUGGACAACUUGGAUUUCCUCCGCCUAUUGCGGAUCCCCGUCUGCAGUUUCACCAGUCAUUCGGCGAUUUAUACAAUGUUCCUGGUCAAGUUGACCCUUUGGCAUUAAGAGGGGGUCUUGUUGGGAACCAGGUGAGUGCUUUUAAUUCCCAGGCUGGACCUGAUUUGUCAUCUGUUUCACCUGACCAUAGACAUCAACACCAAGGAUCUGGCGGGCAUAGUAGUGUAAUUCAGAGAAGGGGGCAAAUUAUGGGUACAGAUUAUGUUGGAAGCUCGCCUAAUAUGGGUUACUUCAUGCCUAUUCCAAACUCGUCUCUUGCCAGUCCUGUUUUGCCUGGAUCUCCAAUAGGUGGUAGCAGUUUUCCUGGAGGAAGAAGUGAUGUGAGUUCCCCUAGUUCUGGUAGAAGUGGGAGUUUCUAUACUGGUUGGCAAGGGCAAAGAGGAUUUGAUAACGUCAAUUACCAAAAGCCUUACUCCUUCCUUGAAGAGUUAAAAUCUGGUAAAGGAAGAAGGUUUGAGCUAUCUGAUAUUGUAGGUCAUGUUGUUGAAUUCAGUGUUGAUCAACAUGGGAGUCGAUUUAUUCAACAGAAACUGGAAAAUUGUAACAGUGAAGACAAAGCAUCUGUUUUUCAAGAAGUUCUCCCUCACGCUUCCAAAUUGAUGACUGAUGUUUUUGGGAAUUAUGUUAUUCAAAAGUUUUUCGAGUAUGGAACCCCUGAUCAGAGGAGGGAUCUAGCCAAGGCACUGGGAGGUCAGAUUUUGCCAAUGAGCAUGCAGAUGUAUGGCUGUCGUGUCAUCCAAAAGGCACUUGAUGUUAUUGAAGUUGAUCAGAAGAUUGAACUUAUUCGUGAGCUGGAUGGACAUGUCAUGAGAUGUGUCCGUGAUCAGAAUGGGAACCAUGUAAUCCAAAAGUGUAUUGAAUGUGUUCCAUCUGAAAGAAUUGGUUUCAUUAUUUCUGCUUUCCGUGGUCAAGUUGCUAGCCUGUCAAUGCAUCCUUAUGGGUGUCGUGUUAUACAGAGAGUCCUGGAGCAUUGUACAGAUGAGUUGCAGAGUCAGUUUAUUGUGGAUGAGAUCUUAGAGUCUGUUUGUACUCUUGCCCAAGACCAGUAUGGCAAUUAUGUUACCCAGCAUGUGUUAGAGAGGGGAAAGACUCAAGAAAGGAGCCAAAUCGUAAAAAAUUUAUCUGGACAAGUUAUAAAAAUGAGCCAGCAUAAGUUUGCAUCUAAUGUUGUUGAGAAAUGCUUGGAGUAUGCUGAGCCUGCUUCAAGGGAACUUUUGAUUGCUGAAGUCAUCGGGCAAAAUGAGGGAAAUGAUAACUUAUUGGUGAUGAUGAAGGACCAAUAUGCUAAUUAUGUGGUCCAGAAGAUUCUUGAGAAAUGUACUGAGAGUCAACGAGAUUUACUUCUUGGUCGUAUAAGAGUGCAUCUCAAUGCUUUGAAGAAAUACACUUAUGGAAAGCAUAUUGUGGCUCGGUUCGAGCAGAUGUUUGGAGAAAUUCAAGCACAAGUAUCCUGAAUGGUGGUGGAACUAUGUAACUGGCUAAGAUACAGCAGCUGUGGAACGAAUUGACAUCAGAAUGUAGAUAAAAAAAGGUGGUGUUUCUUGCAUUUGGAGGAGCUGGCGGUUCUGAGAGCUGAAGUUGUACUUGUGUCAUUCCGUCUGGUAGGGACUUAGGGAGAUUCUACUGAGAACUUUUAGGGGUUGAUGCUGUAAAGUUUAGUAAAUUUGUGUAUACAACAGAAUUUGUGUAGUUACAAGGAGCUGGAAAUUCACUGGGCACGUCUUUAAAGAAUAUUUAACGAAUUAUUGGAAUAGAUAAUUUUCUUUACUGUUUUGUA